AUGACGGGAAAUCGAAAUGAAAGGCAACACUUAAGAGAGCUUGGAGUAGUUUUCUUGACAGCUAUAUUACCAGGCCAAUUUCCAUCGCACCUUCUAAACACGUUCCAGACAAUCAGAUCUUUCAGAAAGUUCGAUUUAUCUACCUUUCGUUCAAGCGGCACAUCAAUAUCACCUGAAAGGGUUCUCUGGAGAAGUGAAAUAAUGGACCGUACAGAGGAAAUCGUUGAAAUUGCAAUGACAGUUAUAGCAGAUGCGACUGCCGAGUGUGAAGGACGACUGAGAUUGGAGCCGGAGGUUCUGAGGCGUUUCUAUAUGAUCAUCGACCCAUCCGAAGCCUGCAAGAACAGGUUGUGGAGGUCAGAAAUAGAAGCAGUGGUAGAGUCUCCAGGUCGCAUCGCCCAGAGUCUGGCAACUCGACGGCCGAAACGUCACCCAUGUCAUUGCCCACCAGGGGAGAGAUUGCCAUACCUCAACAAAAUCUUCUCAAGCCGGGCGGACGAAAUGGUCUCCAUCGAUCUGUCUAAAAAUGAUUCAGAUAAGCGUAGAAGGCGACCUGACCGCAUCAUCGGAUUCCAAGAAACGCGCAGCUUCAGUCGCCGGCUUGAGAAAUAUGAUCUUAUGGCCGGACAGUCAGGAAAUGAAGCUGGCAAUAUCACUUUAUGGGAGACAGUCGAGAGUACCGUUCUCAAUCACAAGGGAAACUCACUUCUCUUUCCUUUUCUUAUUAUCGAGGCAAAAUCAAGACACGGUGCCCCGUUCGACUAUUGCAAUUUACAGACUGCCGCACCAAUCCUGAAAAUGUUGAAAAUGCAGGAAGACUUGCAAAAGAAGUCAAAUAUGACCCUGGAGUAUGGGGGUCCGUUGGUCUGGUAUAUUUCGUAUAGGGGGGAAGACUGGCGUUUAUCAGGCUGCUAUGUCUCCGACAAGCCUGAUGAGCCAUUAUAUGCAAGCUCUACCUCUAUGAUAGUGUGUGAUACUGCUAACUUAUAUCAGGAGAUUGUGACUCUUUGGACUGGUCAAUUGAAUGAUGUAGAGAGCGCACUACAGUUCCUUCUCAUCAUUGACUAUAUAUUCGACUGGGCUCGCGACAUUUACAAGCCUUCCUUGAUUUCUCAGCUCAAUAUGCUUGCAAGUGAGCCUUCCGAAAACCAUGGCCACAUCCACGAUGACCUCUCCAGCAGGAUCGACACAGACAGCGAUAUUCUCUCGCUACGGGGACCAAAACAGCCAAAGACUAUCGAGGUUUUGGGAGCUAGUCUUGAGAAUGAUACCGAUAUGGUGCCAGAUGAAGAACGUAUUCUCAUGAAUUGGGCGACUUACGAUUCGGAGUCAGCUGUUUUGCGCCCAGCGUGUAUCGUCCAGAACUUGUUUCGUUGCCUUUUCGUAACGAAAGCGAACAUCGACGAGCUUUUCUCAGCUGUGCAUAAGCCAUACACUGUAAAACAGCUUGCUAAAUAUGCAACAAAUACUCUCGAUGACUGGCGCACUGUUCUGGUGUCAGAAGAUGUACUCGACUCUAUGGAAGAAGUCUGGACGAACAGAGUUAGACGGAAGAAACCGCAGCAUAUCCCGGAAUCACGCCUUUUCGCAUCCAUCGUCUAUCAUACAGUUGUGACUCGGGACUGGGAGCUGCAAAGGAUAAUAUAUUGUCUUGCAUUCGAUGAAGAGGCAUUA